GCUCCCCGCCCUCCCUAACGCCCGCCCGAGCGCGGCGGAUUCAAAGCGGGGCUCGAAGCGGCCCGCGGCUCGUCCUCCUCUUCCCCCGGCCCAGCGUCCUCCUCCUCCCGCGGCCGAGCGUCCUCUUCGAGCGGCUGAGCGAGUGGGGCUGGGGCGAAGGCCGGCGACCAUUGGCGCUGGGCCUGGUAGAACCUGAGGAGAAGCGGGCGCUGCCGCCGGGCGCAGGGGUGGCCUCGAUCCCCUCAGCGUAUCCCGAUCCGCCUCGGAGUGUCCACGCAGUGUAUUGGUGAAGGAUAUGGCAUCCUCAAGCCUGGAAGAUUUAUACCUCCAGAUGAAUAUGAAGAUUUCAAAUAUUAAAAAGUUACUCCUAUUGAGAGACAUAGGUGAAGAUCAUUCACGCAAGCCUGUGCUCCGUAAAAUACAGAAUGAGGUGAUCUUUGUACAUGAUCUCCUGAAUAAAAUGGAAAGUCAAUUUAAACAGCAAGAAAAACUGAAAGAUGCACUCAAAGAGCUCCAGAAGGCUGCUGGGAGAGAUCAAAAGGAAGCACAGCACCUCUUUGAACACAUUCCACGCUAUCUGCCUAAACCACCCAAGAGCUGCAGCGUCGUGCCAACUGUGAUACACAAAGAUCAAACAAAGGCUGAAGAACCCAAAUCUGAGAAGAAGCCUGCAAAAGAGAAAAAACCCAUUAAAGAAGCAGCAUUAAUAACCACAGAGGAGUUUGAAAGUGUUCCUUUGUAUAUGAAGGGCCGUAUAACAUAUGAUCAGAUUAAUGCAGUUGUUCAAGAGAUUAACAAGGCCGUGGUGGGCAAGUACAGGAUCUUGUAUCAGCCUUUGAAGUCUUUGAAUUCACAACUCAGAAGCCUCUACCACAGGUUCAUAGAAGAAGAAACUAAGGAUACAAAAGGAGUAUUUUUUAUUGUGGAGGAUGAUAUCAAGGAGUUCACUCAGCUGAAGUUGGAUAAGCGCUUCCAAAGCAUCCUCAGCAUCCUGAGGCACUGCCAGAGAGUGAGAGAGAUUCGUGGCUCGGGGCUCAUCCGCUACGCCAUCUGCUAACAGCUCCCCGUGUCUGAGAGACCUGACCUGCCACCCGUGCUCUGCUCUCCACACAGCAGGGAGGGACAGGGAGUGGUUUUUCAGCCACCUACCCUAAAUUAGGAGUGGUUCGAAGUAUUUGAGUUUUGUUUUGCAAAGUCGAGGGGAACUAUAAAUCCGAACCAGAAAGGCAGCUGGGCACCUUUUCUGGUGAGCACGUGAAAGUAAGGUUCUCUCCAUGUUAAGAGUGCUCCUUUGGUC